UUUUUUUUUUUUUUUUUUUUCUUUUUUUUUUUGGGGCGGGAAGAAUCCAUGGAGUGCGGGGGCCAUCAAGACAACUGAGCAGUGUUGAUCUUGAGAGACAACGGGGAUAGUAUGUAUCAGAGCUGAGACUGAUAGCUAAGAGGACUGGAGGCUAUACACCGCAGCUUGUACUGACUCCGUGAGCAAUCACAUGAUUACUCAUCUUCUUGUUCUGGCUCUCAAAACUCGGGCGUUGGAGGUAAACAAACUAAAUCCUUCCAUCAUGUUAGUUCUCUGCCUGACUCGACCGGUCAACUGUGGAAAUCUCUCCACAAAUGUGCCGUGGGUUGGUCGGAGGUUGCUUCUAAAUUCAGGAACGACUUGGCGAUCGUCAAAGUGGCUGAUGGGGUCCGACAAUUUCCUCGUGGCCCCCAGUCCCCCCAAGAGGAGACUGAGAGAGAGAGAGAGAGAGAGAGAAAGAGGCGAUCCUGUGCAGAAAGCGGUAGGUAGGCACGUACCUGUGUAGGUCGGGUAUCGAAGAGGUAGUAG